GGCUGGCCGCAGGGUCACGUGGCCCGCGCGGCUGUCCGUCUAUUUGACAGCCGCAAGGAUGGCUUGAUGCCAGAGGGGGAAAAGAGACAGAGAGAGGGGAGAGAAAGAAAAAUUAGUAUUCUCCUACCAGCCUCGCUAUAAAUCAAUCAUGGAGUCCUACGUGGUGAGCUGUAAAUAUGCUGAGCCGCAGUUCCCGCCUUGUGAAGAAGAUUACAGUAAUUUUAGUGACCAAGGGGGGUAUUACAACAACCCCCAGGACAGUGGUAGUUAUGGAGGGGGCUACCAGCCCAUGCAGCCCCCUCCGCCUCCAUACACACCACAACAAACCGGCUAUCAACGCUCUUUGCAGGGGAACCAGCGGGAGGAUGGAGAGGACCACUCGCAGCACCAAGGUGCGCCCUUCCCCGGCUACAGAGAGACCGUGGCGCCCGGGAAGGAGAGGUACCCCGUGGGUGACCUGCAGUGCCAGGCCUGGAUGACCUGUGCGAAGCCCGCUCAGGUGCAGAGGAAAACGGCCUGCCAGGGCAAAGACAAGCCGCCCAUUGUUGUCUACCCUUGGAUGAAGAAAGUGCACGUCGCGCAUGUUAACCCGAACCACGUGGGACCCGAGCCAAAGCGGUUGCGGACGGCCUACACGCGCCAGCAGGUCCUGGAGCUCGAGAAGGAGUUCCACUUCAGCCGCUACCUCACGCGCCGCCGCCGCGUCGAGGUGGCCCACGCGCUCUGCCUGUCCGAGCGGCAGGUGAAGGUGUGGUUCCAGAACCGGCGCAUGCGCUGGAAGAAGGACAACAAGCUGCCGAACACCAAAGGACGAAGCAAAAACAAGAAAGCGACGGACAACAGCGGCAGCGGCGGCGGCGUCGUCGUCGGCGGCAACGUGAAGGCGGUGAUAACCGUGUGA